GCUGAGGCGUCUCCGCACGUACCUGCAGCUUCGUUUCGCUUCCUCUCGGGUCGGGGAACAGAAGGUGACGUCGUUGCCGCAGGAAGCUCGCAACUCGGCGACUCGAUUUGACUUCGCAGAGCUGGCAGAUGCACGCGAGCACCGCCAUCGGUAUCAGAAAGGAGGCUUUCGUCAUCUUGCCGCUGCGACGAUCGUGGAAUCUCCGAGCCAGCCGGUGUCCUGCGUGGCGGACUAAUUAUUACGAAAACGUUUUCGUGUGCACGUCAGUUAACGUUCGUCGCUGGUAACUGUACAGAGCGACGCUCUGUACCGGUCAGCAGACCGGUUUGCACGUUUCAACGUCGACGCGAGGUACCUCUCGACGACACAAAUCGCCACCGCAAAGUUCCCAAGUCCGGAUCAAAGCGGUGUUUUCGCGUGUUCCAGCUGCCAUGGCAGCCCGGCCAGGGAAGAUCUUAUUGUUUGUGCUGGCGUUGAUAUCUCGUGAUGUGCUGUCAAAGACUGCAAACUCGGACAUUGCGGAAAUCUUGCAUCGGCCUAUCAGGAGUCUAACAUUUCCGGAAAACAGUAACAUGGGCAUCUUCGUCGCUCUCUCGGUGCCGCUGGAGCAUCCGCUGAACUCGGUCUCGCUAUCGUACUUCUUCGAAGCCAACUACGGUUUACCACCGAACAUAACGUACUUUGAGCCCUGGUUGGUGAGAAAAAGAAGAAGGCGGAAUAUCGACAGAACCGCGAUCUAUCGGGUUUUGGAGGGUAAAUUCGAGAGCUCCGGAUAUCCCGGUAGAGAGUGCCUGCUGAGAGCGAUCUGCGAGACCUCAGAAUACCCGAUCCGGCACAAUGGCAUGAUUGGCGACAUCGUGCACGUGAUUUUCACUCCGAGUACUUCGAGAUGCGAGGGGCUGCCACAAGAUGUUGCCGAGGCCGAGCUGGCCGGCCGCGAUGGAAGCUGCUCCGAGUACCGACUGCAAUGUCCGCUGGGGCUCUUCGACUUGAUUGGAGUCCUCGUGUGAUCCCUGAAAAAUCGUCGCAGUUUACCGUGCCACUUCGGCGGGACAAACCUCUCUCCUAAUUGCGUUACUGUGGAAAACCGUCCGACGUUGCGCUGUGCUUACGUGGCACGUAACGUGGAACGUAUCUGCUGGAAACCGCGAGGCUACGAUUCAUCAGAAGGAUAAACGAGAUUAAUUGAACGCUCCAUGUUGAAGGGACAUCGACGUAGGAUUGAAGAUUAAACGGAAGCGACGUCUUUUUAAUUGUAGAUGCAUUUAAUUGUAGAUAUGCCGCGUGCGUGCAUGAGCAAUAGAGUAUAAACAAUUACGGGAAAAUGUAAAUCAUUUACUGUAUUAAUUUUUUUAAAAAGCAGCUAUCGCUGAUACCAUGCAGCGGGAGCUUCAAAUCUUAACUGACCUUUGCAUUCAAAAAAACGUAAUUCUGCUACUAUCGCGCAGCGCUUAUUGUUAGAAUUUUUGCACAGUAAAAAAAUCUCCUUUAAACUCUCUCUCUCUCUCUCUCUUUCUCUUGCCUGUGUUAUCACCGAUGAGCUUCUCGCAGCACUUUUGCUUAAUUGUUACGCUCGCAACAUUGUUAGGAUCCUCGAAGCGUCGAGAAAGCGCGCGUACGAAACGCAAGAACGGUUACUUUGCUCUCUCGUGCGACGAUAUAACAAAGUAAAAGUCCUUCGGGUAUAUCCCUCCAUUUGUUCGCGGUUUAUUAUCCUGCAGGUGCUUUCUGCGAGCGCGAUUCCUGUGGAAGCUGCUGCGCUGGCGACGAGAAAAGGAACGCCGAACGCCGUAUUAUCGAAUUAUCACCGACGAACGUAUUUAUAUACUCGCUCGUAAUUGCCGUGCGAUCGUAAAUCUCAAAUGGACGAGGGAUAAGAGUUAUUGCCACAUUUCUCCGCCUUAGCUUCCGUAUCCGUUUCUAAGCGCAGCCAUUCAGAGGUAUUUCAGCGUCGACCCAGGAGAUCCCUCGGAAAAAAAUUAUCCCGCAACGAUCAUGCCGCAGUAAUCCCACUGCGCAACUUUGUAGAGGUAAUGGAACGCCGAUAAAGCGAGCAAUUAAAAUCGAUUAUUAAAUUAUCAUGUCGGCAAAUUCUAAUAUUAAUCGUUAUUAAGCUGUUUUUACGGAGUGCCGGCACGGACCUUAAAUUGCUACUGUAAAAUGUCGAACAAUAAUAAAA